CGCAAGAUCAAGUGCAACGGCCAAGCUCCGUGCGACUUUUGUGCUCGAGGGAAAGCGAGUUGCACUUUCAAUUCUUCUUACACCAGAGGCCGGCAUCAUACCAUCGUGCCCUCAUCAGUUCAUGGAGGGACGGAUGAUACCCCUGUGCCGGAAGUUCUGGUUGAAGAUGCCCCGAUUGACCAAGAUGUCCUGGCCACUGACUUGCAAAACCGCCGCAUCACACCAACACGGUUGACGGCCGCAAAUUCAGACUAUCUGCACCUGGUGUCGUCAUCACGAGCAUCCCCUGAACCAUCUUCGAUUGAUCCUCAAGGCCACUAUGUCGGUCCAGCCUCGGGGACGGCCUUCUUGAUCCGAGUGCAGAAGCGUCUACACCAGGUCAUCUCCUUCUCUUCAGCCAGCACGAUCUUCACUUUCGGCGAUGCUCCUCUGCAGCUCCCGGAAUUCGAUCCGUCGUUCUGUAUGAUGCUCCCCCGGGAUGACGCACAGCGCCUGAUAGACCGGUACUUUGACUUCGCCAUGCCAACAUACCGAUUCUUGCAUCGACCUACCCUUCAGGAAUGGUUCGUCGAGUUCUACGAUACCCUUGGCGUCAUGCGAGAUGCACAUAGCGCUCCGGCCAAAAUUGCACUCCUCUUCAUGGUCUUUGCUCACGCCAGGGUCUACAUGCCCGAAGUUGACCGGUUGGGUCCGGAAGACAUGAGUACUCGGUACUAUCUCGCAGCCGAACAUCAACUUACAAAGGAGAGAGGCUCAGUGCGCUUGAGUAGUGUCCAGGCUCGAUUGACUCAGUGCUACUAUCUUCUUGCCCAAUCCCGCAUAAACCAGUGCUGGAGCCAAUUUGGUACUGUGAGAAACCUGGCACUCGCCAUCGGGCUCAAUCGCAACAGGCGCUUCGAUGGGACAGGUGGUGUGACUAUGAUUGAGAUUGAAUGCCGCCGGAGAACAUUCUGGUGUGCCUAUACACUCGACGCCUAUUUGAGUGUUGCUCUGGGCAGGCCGAGGUCAUUCCAUGACGAUGAUAUUGAUACGCCACUCCCAGCGCAAGUCGACGAUGAUCAAAUCACUGUAGAUAGAAUCGCCGCGUCUAUUCGGGGAAGAAAUCCGUCGACGAUGGUUGCUUCCCUUGCCCACAUUCAACUUGCCCGCAUUAUCAGCAAGAUUGUCCGCGAUCUAUACUCCAUCAGACCUAUAUCGACCUCUCGCCGAGUAAUCUUGACGGAAAGGAUAUCGAAGGAUCUGAGCGACUGGCAAGUCGAUUUCUCCCAAUUCCUCGAUGUCAGAUUCUUCUUCAAAACAUCGCCAUCUAUCAUAGUUCCUAUAUUUCAGCGGCAACAGAACGUCCUCAACCUUACCUACUGGCAUUGCAUCAUUCUCACCCACCGACCGUUUGUAUUGCACAACCUCACCCGCCUCUUGAGAAAUCCUCAACCAGGAAGCGGCCAGGAUGUCAACGACCCGCAGACGGAGGAGAGUGUUCAGCAGUGCUUGAUGGCUGCCAUGAAGACGGUACAUACAGUUGAUCGCAUUACGCAAAACCAGAAGAUGUUUCGUGCAUUCUGGAUCACGGCUUACUUUGCAUUCACUGCCACCAUUGUACUCUACAUAUACGUCAUACAGAAAAAGGACUCACCGCCAGAGGUGUAUAGUAGCUACCUGGCAGCCGCCAUCCAAUGCCAGUCCCAUAUCUCGUCCGUAGCGGAGAAGGGAUCGCUACUGGAACGGUAUGGGUUUGUUCUAGAGGAACUCCGAGUUGAAGCUGUACGCCAGACAAGUGCAGCGACAUCAGUGGCGACAGACGAUAGUCCUAAUCUCGUGACCAACUACACUGACUCAUCCGGGGCAAACAUGGUUGAUUUUAAUGGGAUGCCAAACUAUGUAUUUACUGAUACCUAUGGAUGGGGCCAGUUUGCUUCAAUGGUGUCCUCUGGGUUGGGAAAUCUCGACUCGUUUCUCAGGGACGACCUAUUUCAGCCCUGA